AGAUAUAUAUAGAACGCUAAUUUGGUCGACGAGGCCAGAGUAAGACGUCGAUCGAUCCGGUGCUUUCAACUUUCAAGCAGUACUACAAAGCAUUUUCUUGCUAAGCAAAAACUCGUAGGAAAAGGAACUUGGGGAAUGGAAAAGAUGGUUUGCGCUGCAACUGCAGCUAAUGAUUCCAUUAAAGAAGAAGAAUUUGAAUGCAAAGAGCUGAUCAUUGACAUUCCACUGGCCCUGGAGCCUCCUCGUUGGCCUGAGUGCUGUAUCUACAGAGUUCCCAAGAGACUUCGCGAGGUCAAACAUAUGGCCUACACCCCUCGGCUGGUUUCUAUCGGCCCUUUUCAUCACUGCAUGAGAAAAGAGUUGAAGGACAUGGAGAUUCAAAAACUCAGAUAUUUGAGGGAUUUCUGUAGUCGUACUCGGAAGAGCAUCGAGGAUCUUGCAUCCAUCAUCGAGCGCAACGAAGUGAGAAUCCGCCAUAGCUAUUCAGAGAACUUUCUACUCAGAAGUAAAGAGUUUGUAAACAUGAUUCUACUGGAUGCUAUCUUUAUACUUGAGCUCUUCUGGAGGAAAUCUAAAAAAUCAAUGGCUCAAAAAGAUUAUAUAUUAAGUCAACCGUAUAUGGAACGGGGUAUACGGUAUGACUUGCUUCUGCUAGAGAAUCAAAUUCCUUUUUUUGUUCUCGAGGAGUUAUACUGUGGUGAUCAGCAGAAUGAAUCUGGCCUGCAAAAUGGAGAACUCCAACAAGUACUGCUCACGAAAAAGGAUAUUCUUCUUAAGCUAUCAUGCAGGUUCUUUCGUGAUCUUUAUCAUGAUGAGCAGCCAGAGCCCAAGAUCGGUGAAGUAAAGCAUUUCACAGAUUUGGUGAGAUGUUUUUUCCCUCCGCCCAACGCAGGGCCAAAACCACAAGAAAAUAAAAGGAAUAUUAAACACCUAUAUACGGCAACAAAACUUGCAGAGGCAGGGUUGAAAUUCAGGCCAACUUCAGAAAGGAGUUUACUCGAAAUACAAUUUCUGAAGAACGAAUGCUUGGAAAGCUUCCCGUGCUUCAACCUUUCAUGGCUCUUGGCUUGCUUACCAUGCCUCAAAUCCACCUGCUUCACGCGUAUGCAACGCUUUCUGGAAAUCCCACCCCUUCGUGUUGACGACAAAACCGAAGGUCUUUUCCGAAACCUGAUGGCCUUGGAGCAGUGCCAUUAUCCAUUCGAAACUUACAUCUGCGAUUAUAUUGUGCUGUUGGAUGAUCUUAUUACAACUAAAGCAGAUGUAGGGCUGCUUGCUGACAAGAAGAUCAUUGUUAACGAGUUGGGUUCCAACGUUGCAGUGACAGAUCUGUUUAACAAGCUCGGCCAUGAGAUUGAGAGCAAUGGAAUCUUUUACUUGGAUCUCAGUAAAGAGCUUGAUGAGUACUACGAGAACAGUUGGAACCGUGCCGUGGCAACCUUAACAAGUGUGUAUUUUCAAGAUUUUUGGAGAGGAACUGCUACUGUGGUUGGAAUUAUUUUCCUGGGUCUGACUUUGUGGAAUUUCGUUAGGCUUCUUCGCAAGUAAAUUAAUUUUAUAGCAUUUUCUUUUUGUGAGUUUAUAGCAUUAUUUGGAGAGUCUCUAUUGCAGCACAUAAAGUUUUCUGCUCAUGUGUUAUUACCAGCAAAUAAAGCCACUAGUGCUGGCAUUGAAUAAUGUACUAAUGUUCUAAUUAGGAGUACAUUUUUUCUUCGA